CCAAGUGUCAUCUGUCACUCGCGAACUGUGUGUUUUUUUGUGAUUUUCACGGAACGGAAAAAAGCCGGAUCGAAAAAUCAAGAUUUCCCCGGUUAAAACACCGGAAUCUGUACCACGAUGGCUGCCAAUCUGUGGCAGGGACUACGCAGAUUGUGCAUUUCGGAGGCCAGCGGCUCCAGCGGUAGUGUGCAGCGGCUUUUAAGAGCGAAUCUUCACACGACGAGCGCACUAGCGAAAAACUGGAAUGGACACAACACCGGCCCUCAGCGAUGGUUGCAGUACAAUAAGGUGAUUUAUCAACCCCAGACACCGACCGAAGAACCGCGGCCAGCGUACGUGUGCCACCAGAAGACCAACAUCAAGUACAGCCCGAAAAAGAUGUGGUAUGUGGCUGCGUUCGUGCGAGGCAUGAGCGUCGACGAGGCGCUCAAGCAGCUCUCGUUUGUGGACAAAAAAGGGGCCAGUUACGUGAAAGAAGCGAUUCUGGAAGCAAUCGAGAUGGCCGUUAAGCGGCACAACGUAGAGUUCCGCACCAAUCUGUGGGUGGCGGAGUCGUUCUGCGGAAAGGGCCGCGUUUUCAAAGGCAUCCGUCGACACGCCCGUGGACGGAGUGGAGAGGUAGAGUACAAACACUGCCACUACUUUGUCCGCCUUGAGGAAGGCUCGCCACCGGAGCACUAUUAUCAACCAGCACCCCAAACCGGGGAACAGCAGCUCGAAGAGUGGCUGGCAGCGAUGAGGAGACGAAAGGUCACCAGCUCGUUGUAAGUGCGACGAGUUAUUGCGAAGUAGAGUUCUUUAUUUAAGUUCAAAUAUACAACUAAACAGUGAACAAUUCUCUAAGCGUACACAGUUCCUUGUAU